AAAAAUAAAAACGGAAAAAAACAAAAGAAAAGAAGGAAAGAAUAGAGACAACAUUAAACAAGUAACAAACACACACAGACACAGUUGUCUCCCUUUCGAUCCAUUGGAACUUCCAAAGAGCCUUUAAUCAGAACUCCAUCAACGUUCUUCUUCCAAAGAAGAAGACGAAGAAGAAGAAGAAGAGCAAACUCCAUCAACGUUCUUGGGACUACGCAACACAGCACAAAACCCCUUCGCAAAAUUCACCAAUAGAUCUACUCCUAACACCACAAAGUUUCUUCUUUUCCCUCUUCCAUUGUAGAAUCUCCUUCAUUCACUUCAUGGAUGUGCGGUUGUAGAUAGUGUAUAAAGCUUGAGGAGAUUUGCUGCUGAGAAGCAUGGCUGAUAUAGCAGGUUUACUUGAGGCAGCAGGAUCAAGGUUCAGUGCAUUGGAGCUUAUUGGGCAGGGAUCAUUUGGUGAUGUCUAUAAAGGGUUUGACAGAGAGCUUAACAAAGAAGUUGCUAUCAAAGUAAUUGAUUUGGAAGAAUCGGAGGAUGAAAUUGAUGAUAUUCAGAAGGAAAUUUCUGUUCUGUCACAAUGCCGAUCUCCAUACAUCACUGAGUACUAUGGUUCCUAUCUCAAUCAAACUAAACUCUGGAUAAUAAUGGAAUACAUGGCUGGCGGCUCUGUUGCUGAUCUACUUCAAUCCGGUCCUCCACUGGAUGAAACAUCCAUUGCUUGCAUUCUACGUGACUUGCUACAUGCAAUUGAUUACCUACACACUGAAGGAAAAAUUCAUAGAGACAUUAAAGCUGCAAACAUUUUAUUGACCGAGAAUGGUGAUGUAAAGGUUGCAGAUUUUGGUGUUUCUGCACAGCUCACGAGGACCAUAUCAAGGAGAAAGACAUUUGUAGGAACACCUUUCUGGAUGGCACCAGAGGUUAUUCAGAAUUCCGAAGGAUAUAAUGAGAAGGCAGAUAUCUGGUCUAUGGGGAUCACUGCAAUUGAGAUGGCAAAAGGGGAGCCUCCACUUGCCGAUCUUCAUCCCAUGAGAGUGCUUUUUAUCAUACCUCGAGAGAAUCCUCCGCAGGUUGUCUUUAUCUCUUUCAUUAUUUACCCCUAUUAAUGGCUCCAAUUCCAGAGGCCAAGUGCUAAGGAACUUCUCAAACACCGUCUUAUUCGGAAUGCUAGGAAGAGUCCAAAGCUUGCAGAAAGAAUAAGGGAGCGUCCAAAGUACCACAUAAAGGAUGAUCCGGGGGCGGAUGAUCCAGGGACUGUUAAAAAAGUCCCAAGAGGGAUGGGUGAGGCUUCUGAUACUAUGAAGGUGUCUAGAGAUGUUAGAGCUGAAGAAACUAGUAGAACCAGUGGUCAGGGUCAAACUGUAAAAAGUGCUGGAUGGGACUUCAACAUUGGUGGAUCACAAGGCACUGUUCGUAGCGGUACUGUUCGUAGUGUAGCACGACCACCUGUUUCACAAAAUCAGGUUACCCAAAGAAAAGCUCCGGAGAGUGGCUAUCAAGGGGGAACUGUCAGUAGAAGUGCACUAAACGAGUCGGUUGAAAGUUCACUCGGAAAGGAUCUUAGAAUUACAUAUCAUGAUGAGGAUCCGGAUGAUCAUGAUGAAGAUGAUGAAGGGAAUGGAUCAGGAACUGUCGUUAUUCGAUCUCCAAAAGCAUCAAGGCCAUCAGUAGUUCGUGGCCAAAGCUCCCAGUCUAGCAGCAGCUAUGCUUCUCUUGAAGAUGCUUCUACCAGUGGAACUGUUGUCUUGCGUAACCAGAAUGAUGAUUCUGAUUCUUCACAAACACCUAGGUCCCGCAAGGGACUUAACGACAGAAAUUCUAUUACUUCACUGGAAGAUAGUGCUGCAAAUCUUGCUGAGGCAAAGGCUGCUAUCCUAAGGAAAGCAAAUGCUAAAGAGAGAAAAUUCAACAAUAUACAAGAAAGCAAGAGAGACCAAAUGGCAGGCAGUUCUGAUUCUUCAAGAUCACAUCAUGAAUACCAUGAUCCUCAAAAGGGCAUGUCAAGAUCACAAUAUGCCAGUGAUGAUGAAGAGAGUGCUAAAGUUAUGUCGUCCUCUGUGCCAUUAUCAGUUUUGCUCGCUCCUUCACUAAAAGAGACCAUUGCUAAUGAUCCAGAAGGGGCAAUCGUGCGAGCGGUUAUCAGUUCUCUCAUAAACAUGGAGGGCACAAGGCCACGAUCCUGCGAUGUUCUUGUCAGAAAGUUGCUUCAGCGGUUGGCAAGUUCAAAGGAAGAUUCAUUGAAGGACCUGCAGGAACUAGCAGGCCAACUAUUCAGCAAGACCAAGGGAACCGGAGACACGCGAAACACCGAAGCCGAUAGCCGGAGGAAACAACAGAACAAGGACAUCCAUCAAAAUAGCAAUUUGAGCCCACUAGCCAGAUUUCUUCUCUCAAGAUGGCAGGGUCAAAGCUCACGUGAUCUAAACCAAUCUUGAGGAGAGUUAUUACAAAUUAUAUUGCGUUUCAACUCGCUGUUUAUGCAUUUAUUCUAAUUAAAAUGUACAUAUAUCAUUGUAACAAAUUGCUUUUUCCCCCUUUUCUAUUUAUUAUUAUUAUUGUUAUAGAAAAAGUUUUGUCUUCUAGUCAAAAUUACUUCAAAGCUGUAUAAUUGGAGGGUUUUCUUAGGUACAUCCAAAUUGUAACUGACUAAUAUGUCUAUUGCAUUUUGGGAUAAUAAUCCAAUACCUUUUAUUCUUUUUCA